AGUAUGUUUCUGCCAGCUUGAAUACACGUCAUCAUUUCUCGUCCAAAAUUAAAGCCUUUUCUCUCUCUAUCUCUCUCCCUACUUUCAUCGAGAAUGAGAAACAGGAGCUGAGCAGUAGCAGGAGGAGGAGGUGGCUUCAUUUGAUUUCAUCCCCAUUUGAUUUCAUUCGGUGCAAAUUCAGAAGAGUGAGAGACCCAAGAGCAGCAGAGAAGAGAAGGAGACAAAAAUGUCGUCGGACGACGAGUCGGGAGGAGAAGAGUACCUGUUCAAGGUAGUCAUUAUUGGGGACUCGGCGGUGGGCAAAUCGAACCUGCUCUCCCGCUACGCUCGCAACGAGUUCAACAUGCACUCCAAGGCCACCAUUGGCGUGGAGUUCCAGACGCAGGUCAUGGACAUCGACGGCAAGGAGGUCAAGGCCCAGAUUUGGGACACCGCUGGCCAGGAACGCUUCCGCGCCGUCACCUCCGCCUACUACCGUGGAGCUGUCGGCGCCCUCGUCGUCUACGACAUCAGUCGCCGCACCACCUUCGACAGCAUCUCCCGCUGGCUCGACGAGCUCAAGACUCAUUCUGAUACAACUGUGGCAAGGAUGCUGGUGGGGAACAAAUGUGAUUUGGAGAAUAUCAGGGCUGUGAGCGUUGAGGAAGGCAAAAGCCUUGCAGAAGCAGAAGGAUUGUUCUUCAUGGAGACAUCUGCCCUAGAUUCAACAAAUGUUAAGAAGGCUUUUGAGAUUGUUAUUCGAGAAAUAUACAACAAUGUCAGCAGAAAGGUCCUGAACUCAGAUACUUACAAAGCGGAAUUAUCUGUCAACAGGGUAAGCCUCGUCGAUAAUGGGACUGAUGGAUCAAAGCAAAACCCAAACUGCUGUUCCAGGUGAUCGCUGUUAUCGUCUCCAUAAAGUGUGUUAGUUGAGGGCUUUUGGUUGGUUUCUUAAUUCAUUUUGGUUGGUUGGUUGGUUGGUUGUAUUGCUUGUUUGUUUCUUUUUUGUUCAUCAAAUAAGAGUGCAUUAUAGAAAUGAAAUUGUCAUCUUUAGUCCAAGUAAAACAAGAAGGCCUUUUCUUUUCUUUUCUUUCAUAUAUAUCUUUUGAAUACAAGGAGAAUGUAACUGCACAAAAUAAAGUGGACAGCCAUAUUCUUUUAUCCUCUGUAAGAUUGUGUUAUUCAUCGUGGGAAUGUUAAUUUAGCUGCUAGAUU